AAGCUGCGGAUCAAUCUUGACCGUCAAAUAGAGUGCUUUUCCCAACUAUUCCUCUGCUACAGCAAACUCUCGCCCGAAAAUCAAACGAAAGAACCCUUCUCCGACUCCCUCCGUCGCCCUCGCCGGCGUUGCUUCCUCUACAUGGAUUCAGUGGAAGUUCUAGUAGCGCACAUUCAGGAUCUUUCGGGAAAUCCCGUCGAGCUUGCUCACCUCCACGCUAUUCUCAAGCAAUCGGAGGAUACGCUUCGCGUGCAGGCCUCUCGUCUUGUCCCUUUCAUCGAGCAACUCGACCCCUCCAGUCAUUCCCUCGGUUAUCUCUUUCUUCUGGAAGCAUACUCUUCUGGACCUAUUUUGAGAGAGAACAUUAGCAGUUUCCUUGCAUGUGUUGUUGGAUUUAUCAAUUUCUGCUCGGCAGAACAGAUACGGCUGGCACCGGACAAAUUUAUAUCUGUUUGCAAGAGGUUCAAAGAUCAAGUAAUACAGCAUCAGGUGCCCAUACAGGGGGUGGCUCCAUUGAGGACUGCUGUUCGCAAACUUCAAUCUUCAUAUGAGCAAUUGACUGCACUUCACUCUGAUUUCCUCUUCCUUUGUCUACUGUCAAAGUGUUACAAAGCAGGCACAAGUGUUUUGGAUGAUGAGGUGUUGGAGAUUGAUCAGCCCAGGGACUUCUUCCUGUUUUGUUACUAUGGGGGAAUGAUAAAUAUUGGGUUAAAGCGAUUUCCAAAAGCUUUGGAGUGUCUUCAUAAUGUUGUUACUGCACCAAUGUCAACGAUUAAUGCUAUAGCUAUAGAAGCAUACAAAAAAUAUAUUCUUGUUGCGCUUAUUCAUCUUGGGCAGAUUCCUUCGCUUCCAAAAUAUACUGCAUCAACUGUGCUAAGGAGUCUGAAAAGCUACGCUCAGCUGUAUGUUGGUUUGGCUAGUUCGUAUGCAACAGGAAAAUUUUCAGAGCUAGAAGCAUUUAUCCAGACUAAUGUGGAGAAAUUCCAAACUGACAAUAAUCUUGGAUUGGUUAAACAAGUUCUUUCAUCUUUGUACAAGCGCAAUAUCCAGAGAUUGACUCAAACUUACCUAACUUUGUCACUUCAAGAUAUAGCCAAUGCGGUUCACCUAAACACCUCAAAAGAAGCUGAAAUGCGAGUGCUUCAAAUGAUUCAAGAUGGGGAUAUAUUUGCGACAAUAAAUCAGAAGGACGGUAUGGUCAGUUUUCAUGAGGAUCCAGAGCAAUACAAGACUUGUGAGAUGAUUGACCAAAUUGAUUCAUCAAUUCAAAGAUUGAUGGCCUUGUCAAAUAAAUUAACUGCAAUAGAUGAACACAUUUCUUGUGAUCCGGCCUACAUUACAAAGAUUGGGAGAGAAAGACCUAGAUUAGACUUUGAUGACUUUGAUUCCGUUCCUCAUAAAUUCCUGUGAGGAUGAUUUGGUAUUGUUAAACUAUCUUAAGAAACAAGCUGGGAGCCUCCCAUUGGGUAUGUUUCUUUUGUUACAAGGAUCUUGAUAGUUUAUUAAUAGGCAUUACCACUCUUUGUUCUUGGCCUGAACCGCAGGACAUUAUAUUGAUAUAAGCCUGUUUUUUUGUUUUUUCUGGGACUGUUAGUGGUCUUAUUACAUGCUGCCUAUGUGAGCUUUGUCAUAUAAGAGUAAAUAGAAAAUGGAUGUUAGUAAUUUUCAAUGCUAUAUAAUCACAUAUUGGAGUAAGGAUUGAUGUUG